AUGGUGGGAGGCUUUGCACGAGAUGCUCCUAAUGGGUUCGAGAACUACAUUCAUAAGGUAGCCAUUGUAGAAGCUGGCGGUAACAUUGGGAAAGCCAUCGCAGAGGAACUCCUAAAGACAGGGAAGCAUACAGUGACCGCCAUCACGCGUAAAGAAAGCACCAGUACCCUGCCGUAUGGUGUCGAGAAGGCUUUAGUCAAUUACGAGGACACAAAGUCUUUGGUCGCAGCUCUCAAUGGCCAAGACUUCCUCAUCAUCACGCUUUCACUGAGCGCUUCUCCGGGUACUCACACGUCUCUGGUUCAAGCUGCUGCUGAGGCAGGCGUUCCAUACGUCAUGCCUAACGGUAUCAACGCACACAGCGCAGCAAUCAGGAAGGACAUUCCUGUCACAAACGCCGUCAUGGAGAACAUCGCCGAGGUUCAGAAAGCGGGCCUGACUUCGAUCACGCUGAUGAACGGGUUUUGGUACGAGUACAGCCUCGUCGCUGGUUCAGCCACCUUUGGGUUCGACUUGAAGAAUCGUACCAUCACUUUGUAUGACGACGGUGACCAAGCUAUCAAGGUCUCUACAUGGGCACAAUGUGGUCGCGCCGUGGCAUCUAUGUUGAGUCACAAGAUCCUCCCCGAGAACGCCGACGAUAACUCGACAACCAUCUCCCAAUUUCAUAACAAGACUGUCUUUGCGUCAAGCUUCAAGGUCAGCCAGCGCGAUAUGCUGGAGAGUGUCAAACGAGUGACGGGGACAACGGAUGCUGACUGGAGGAUUGAUCAUGAGACAACCAAGAAGAGGUACAAUGACGGUCUUAAAGAGCUAAAACAAGGCAAUCAUGAGGGCUUUUAUAAGUUGAUGUACGCCCGGGUGUUCCAGCCGACCGAUGAUGCGGACUUCCAGUCUGACAACGAUCUUUUGCAACUGCCAAUCGAAGACUUGGAUGAAGCUACGCGCACUGCCGUAUCAAUGUCGAGAGCCUCCGCAAACGAUAGCGAGGCCAAUCGGCACUAA